GGCGGCACGUCGCCAGCCGGCAUGUGCUAGGGACGCAGCCACCACGGAGUUCCUCGCGGCACCCACUGCGAGCCAAUGCGCCGCCUUCUCGGCUGCGGGCGCUGGCGCUGACCAACACGCCAUGAGCCAGCUGGGGACGGUGUACGCCACCAAGCGGCGACGGCGCAACGGCAAGAGCCUGAAGCCCCCGCCGAAGGACGGCGUGACGAAGAGCAACCCCAGCAAGCGGCACCGCGAGCGCCUGAACGCCGAGCUGGACACGCUGGCCAGCCUGCUGCCGUUCGAGCAGAACAUCCUGUCCAAGCUGGACCGCCUCUCCAUCCUGCGCCUUUCCGUCAGCUACCUGCGCACCAAGAGCUACUUUCAAGUUGUAAUGCACAAGGACAAAGAAGACUCUCAGUACCGCAACAGGGACCUGACCGCCUACGACCACUCGCCUUUGGACGGCGACAUGUUUCUUCAGGCGCUGAACGGCUUUCUCCUAAUUCUCACUUGUGAGGGGGAAGUGUUCUUCGCCACCCAUAGCAUCGAGAGUUACCUCGGAUUCCACCAGUCGGACAUCGUGCACCAGUCGGUGUACGAGCUGGUGCACUCGGAGGACCGGGAGGAGCUGCAGCGGCAGCUGAUGUGGAACUCGUUCCUGCCGCCCGAGUCGGCCAGCAUGGCGCUGCAGGACGCGCUGGUCGCCGACAACUGCCACCUGCUCGAGCGCAGCUUCACCGUCCGCUUCCGCUGCCUGCUCGACAACACCUCCGGCUUCCUGCGGCUGGACAUCCGCGGCCGCGUGAAGGUGCUGCACGGCCAGAACCGCAAGACGGAGGAGCCGCCGCUCGCGCUGUUCGCCAUCUGCACGCCUUUCGGGCCGCCGUCGCUGCUCGAGAUCCCGCACAAGGAGGUCAUGUUCAAGAGCAAGCACAAACUCGACCUCGCCCUCGUCUCCAUGGACCAAAGGGGUAAGAUGUUGCUGGGCUACUCGGACGCUGAGUUGGCCAACCUGGGCGGCUACGACCUGGUGCACUACGAUGACCUGGCGUACGUGGCGAGUGCGCAUCAGGAACUUCUGAAGACUGGCGCAUCCGGAAUGAUUGCGUACCGCUUCCAGACGAAGGAAGGUCAGUGGCAAUGGUUGCAGACGAGCUCCAGGCUCGUGUACAAGAAUUCCAAGCCAGACUUCGUCAUCAGCACGCACCGGCCACUCAUGGAAGAGGAGGGUCGCGAUUUGCUCGGCAAGCGCACCAUGGACUUCAAGGUGAGCUACUUGGACGCGGGGCUGACGAACAGCUACUUCGCGGACGCGGACCAGCUGGUGGUGACGUCGGGCGUGUCGACGCCGCAGCACGCGGGGUCGCCGUCGGCGACGUCGACGACGCCGCAGCGCGUGAACCGGCGCUACAAGACGCAGCUGCGCGACUUCCUGUCGACGUGCCGCAGCAAGCGCAAGCUGUCUGCGGCGGCGGCGGCGGCCGCGGUGUCCACGUCUGCCGCGCAGCUGCCGGCCGCCGCCCCCGCCAUCGAGUACGUCGACACGUCGAGCGCCGCCGCCGCCGCCGUCGCCGCCGCCUACUCCAACCUCAACAACAUGUACGCCGCGCCGUACCAGGCGGCAUCGGGCGGCGACGCCAGCCUCGGGCCCUACAUGGGGCACUCCAACUCCAACUUCCACCAGAGCCUGUACUCGAGCACCGCGCUCGACAACCGCUUCCUCGCCACGGACAACCUUUUCCACCAGUACCGGCCGCUGGGGACCUACUACCCCGAGUACCACCCGGCGGCGACCACGCCGUACGUCGGCAACGGCUUCCUGGAAAUGUCGACGCGGCCCGCCGCGUGCAGCCUGCCCGCGUACGACCACCACCACCACCACCACCACCACCUCGCCAAAGACGACAAGCUGUACGCGUGCCAGCAGCUGGCGGACCGCGGCGGCGGCGGCGGCGGCGGCGGGGGCGGCGCCGCCUACACCAAGUGCCUGGACGCGGCGUCGUACGCCGCCUCGCCCCUCGCCGUCGAGCUGCAGACGGGCAAGCCGCCCGCCAACUCGGCCGGCGCGCAGCCCACCCCCGCCGGCGACGCCAAGGCUUCCCCCGUGUCGUCGUCCAACUCGGCGGGGUCUUCGCCCGCGACGGACGGCGCGGUCCUCGUCACGCCCAAGAUGGAGGAGCUGAAGGCGGACGUGCUGGCGCACCAGCAGCACCACCAGGCGGCGCCGCCGCCCCCGCCGCCCCCGCAGCCGCCCGCGCAGCAGCAGCCGCAGCACUACGGGGAGCGGCAGACGGUGCUCAUGUGGGGCAGUGCCGCCACCUCCGCGCCGUCGACGCCCUCGCCGCCCACGCCGGCGCCGCAAGCGGCGGGCAACGGCGCGACGCCGUACCGCACCGCGGCGCCGCCUCCGCCUCCGCCCGCGCAGUCGGACAAGGCGGCCCACCCGCUCAAGUCGCUAGCCGAGAUGAACUCGGUCGGUGGUGGGGGUGGGAGCUCGUGCAAGUGGGGCACCGUGGCCAAGCCCGAGCCCGUUUCGCCCCCGAAUAAGUACCCCUCCCAGCAUCCCCAGCACCAAGCCUACUCGGAGGCGGGCGCAGCCACUGAGGUAUGGCCCGCGCACCAGUACCACCAGUACUAUCCUUACACCACUCCGUACCACCACCACGCACCCCACACCUCAGUCAACGACAGCGGCUAUCCACAGAUAAACCGGACGGGAGUCCUUUGCUGUCAAUCUCUGAGGUGACCAACACUCUACUCAACCACGAUUGAAGGUUGUCAGCGGAACGCAGUGGGCGAAAUUUAACAGCGUUAUCGCUGCUGGCCUUACCAAUUCCUCUCGCCAUUUUAGUAUAGAGAAGUAAAAUAAUUUAAUCAAGUCUGUAUUCUUAAUUGAUAUUCGCUUUAUUCUUUACGUAUUUCUUAUUACAUUAAUUACAGCUAUGUGUGUACUGUGGUACGUUUCCUUUUAUCGCAAACUUUGUAAAUUAUUCUCAUAUACAUAAGUGUUUUCUGUGAUACGUGUCGAUUAUUGUUGUAAGAGUAAGAAAACGUGUAAUAUACAAUGUAGAUGAUUUAAUAAGUACUGUAAAGUUGUGUACUAUUGUGUAAAGCUUUAUACCGGAUGUGAGACCCUUGUGUCACCUGAUAUACAAGAUUUUGAAGAUGGAGGAUCAGUAGAAUACUGUCAUCUGCAGAAACUCAUCUUCGUAAUGUCCAGGAAUCUUACAGCACCUGUCAAACAAAAGUGACUAUACCGCAACAGAAAAGUGAUGUUUCUGUACGUCAUUAACGUGCUAUAAAAGAAAUAUGUUGGUUCACUACACCUGAAACACAAAUUUACUUAACCGUGUUAUUCACGUGUUUCAUUUACAAUAAUAAACUCUUCGUAUUCUAUUGCGGAAAUAGAAUUUGAAUCAAGUCAGAAUAAUGGUAUUAUGAUCUGAACCCUCGAUUCCGCUGACAGUUCUGAAGAACACUGCACUGCUGAAGAAUUCGUGAAAACUGUUACGUAUUGACUUUUACAGUACAUCACGAAAUUUUGAAUUGUAUCUCUGGUGCAGCUAAAUACAAAUGUUAAAUCACGAAUAAAAUUAGGUUGUAUCCAAUAUACCAGUAAUCUAGUCUCUUAGAAUGCUUAUUUAUACAUUUUUUUCGAAAUUUUAAUUCCUUGGCUGUAGUCUUCUACUAUAAACGUAAGUAACAACACACAUUCAAUUGCUUAAAAUUCAAGUGUUACACAUAAAUAUGAAACGAUUGUUUUUCAUAUAUUUAUUUAUUUAUCGUCUUUAACUUUGAAUAUGGUAGUACUAUGGAAUGAAUGAUGCAAAGAAUGAUUUCUCUCUUAAAAGAAGAAAUAUGAAUCAUGUUAUUAAAAUUGUACGCUUUGGUCAAAAAUAAGCUUUCAAUUUUUUAAUGAAACAAUUCUCUUUCCACUGCUUUUCAAUAUUUCGAAUGUCCAUUAGAUUUCUUUGUAAACGUAAUAGUUUCUCAAAAAUUACGAAAGUGGCGGUGACAAACUGUGCCCGUGAAAGGAAAAUUGUCCAUUGUUAGUUUACAGACGUAUGAGUAUGUACGGCAUGUUUAUAAUAAAAUAACUUCU